GACAUGGUUGUUUUUGUGAACUUGUGUACUUUGUUCGUUAAUGCAACGACAUUCUUUUAACUUAAUCUUGAAGUUGACAUAUCCCGGUUGCGCAGGCCAGCAGCGCCGCUGUCUCUGCGGAUGGUCGUCGCGGUGCGUCCUGGUGUCGUUAACUGAUAGCGUUUUAUCUCGCGUCCGUUAACUGUCAGCGGGGAAAUAACGUUAAAUAAGACGUCCGUGACAGACGGCUCGGGAACUGAAAUAACGUCAUAUUAUCAGCUCCGACAUGAAGGAGGGUUUGACUCUGGUCCAGAGACUGAACGCACACCCGGACUCCCGGUGCUGGUUCGUCAGCUGGAGCCCAACCGGGACGCUGCUGGCCUCAUGCGGGGGCGACAAGGCCAUCCGGAUAUGGGGACGAGAGGGUGACUCUUGGGUAUGUAAGAGUGUGCUUCAGGAUGGACAUCAGCGCACUGUGAGGAAAGUGGCGUGGUCUCCCUGUGGGAAUUAUCUGGCCUCUGCCAGCUUCGAUGCAACCACUUGCAUUUGGAAAAAAAAGAACGAUGGUUUUGAGAGUUUGACUGUGUUAGAAGGACAUGAAAAUGAGGUCAAGUGCGUGGCGUGGGCACCUUCAGGGAAUCUGCUGGCAACAUGUAGCCGAGACAAGAGUGUCUGGGUCUGGGAAGUGGAUGAAGAAGAUGAGUACGAGUGUGUCACCGUUGUGAACGCUCACACACAAGACGUCAAGCAUAUUGUGUGGCACCCGACACAGGAGCUCCUCGCUUCAGCCAGCUACGACAACAACAUUUGUAUUUACAAGGAAGCGGAUGAUGACUGGGAGUGUCGGGCCACCUUGCAAGGACACACGUCCACAGUCUGGAGUUUGGCUUUUGAUGCCGACGGACAGAGGCUGGCCUCCUGCAGCGACGACCGCACCGUGAAGAUUUGGAAAGAGUCUCCCAGCGAAGGUGGACAAGGGGACUUGCCGUGGAAGUGUGUUUGCACUCUGUCUGGGUAUCAUGCACGAACAGUGUAUGACAUCUCCUGGUGUCGGCUGACGGGCGCCCUGGCGACCGCCUGUGGUGACGAUUCGGUGCGAGUGUUCAAGGAGGACGAGACGGCCGAUCCCGACCAGCCGGUGUUCUCGCUGUCUGCUCAGGUUAAAGCUCACACACAGGAUGUGAACUGUGUCGCCUGGAACCCAAAGGAGGCCGGACUCCUGGCCUCCUGCAGCGAUGACGGGGAGAUCACCAUCUGGAGGUUCCAGGAGGGAGACUGAACAGAACUGAAGACGUUUACGCGAGCAACACUGGGAACUGUGCAGUCGGCACACAUCAUAUUGUUCAUCCAACUUUUACAGCCUUUCUAGAUACAUUACCGUACAUAAAGUUAAUGCUUCACAAUAUAUUUUGCUCGGUUAGUCUACGUAUUUCUGUAUAAGACCUGACUUAAGGAUUUGACUUGCUUGAUGUGUGUAUGGAUAUAAAAAAUAUAAACCAA